UAAAUAAAAAAUGAUAGAAUAUCCUUAUAUAAAAAGUUAUCUAUUUAAUAAAUAAAAUAAGUUAUUGCAAAUUGGACUUGGAAGAAAUUACACAUGCGUGCUUGUGGAUUGAAACCACAAACUUCAUUCAUAUUACGUAAAAAUCUAACCUAUAUUAACAACAGAAAAUGGCUCAUAAAUCAAUUCUUAAUAAUAUUUCUAAAAUCGGGCAAUACUGGAAUUCCAAAAGAAAUAUUACAUUAGGAAAAAUAAUAUACAAUCAAAAAACAUCUGUACCAAACGUAUCGGGUUUGUCAGAAAAUUGCGUGAAAAUUCCAGCUCACCCAGUAGGUCCCGGAGCGGCAAAGAAUACCGGGUACAAAAACCCAGAAUAUUUCUGUUAUGAUAAAAAUACUUAUUUUGAGGCUGAGGUAGAAAUGUUGAAAUACCGCUGUCCACAACCUUCGGUUUAUAAACCAUAUGUUCAUACUAAAUAGAUAUUUUAGAUACACCCACAAUUGUUAUAUAUUAAAUUAGCUAAAUAAUAAAUAUUUAUUAAAAA